GGGUCCUGCCCCAGGAGCCAUCCUCACCCCAUUUGUUCUCAUGGUUUGGAUGAAGAUUGGCAGGGGAAGCUUUGUUUCACAAGCUUACGGGAACUUCUCACACCAGCAUGCAGCGAGCAGAGAGCCCCACUGGGAGAGAGGAGAACCACACAGCGGAAGCACAAAGCCUAAAUGACCCCUGCCAGGAAUUCAGCACACUUCUAACAAUCUCCGGCGUCGGGUUUUUCUCUCAGGAGCCCCACUUCCUUCUGCCCCUGAGCUGAUCACAGCCUUCCGGCUGAUUCCACUGGAUUAGACGUCAGGAAGGAAACAUGCCUCUGCCCUGGCUUGAUCUGUGCAUGAAUGCUUUGCCGUCUCGUGACUGCUGAGAGCCCAUCCACACUUGUUCAUUCGUUGGUCAUCUUUGCGUGCCCGCUGCAGGUCAGGCAGGGUCUGUGGACCCAGGAGACAGAAGCACACUCAAAGGUGAUGAUAGCAUUUGAAGACCUGGCUGUGUACUUUACGUGGGAGGAAUGGCAGAAAAUGAACAACACUCAGAAAACCCUGUACAGAGAUGUGAUGCUGGAGACCUACAGCAGCCUCUUCUCCUUGGGGCACUGCACUACCAAACCUGACUUGAUCUUCAAGUUGGAGCAAGGAGAAGAGCCAUGGAUGGUGGAUGAAUGCUUGAAUCAGAGCCUUUCAGUGGUCAUGAAAAGGGAUGACCUGAUUAGGAUCAACCAGAAAAGUAAGGACAAAAAUCUGAAUCAGGAUUUUAUGAAAAAUAACAAGACAUCAGCUCACAAGAGAGUUGAAUUAAGAAAAACCCUUAGUUUAAAUUCAAGCCAUAUGCCAACACUGAUUAUUAAAAAGGGAACCUAUUCACGAUUGAAUCCUGAGGAAUGCAAUAAAUGUCACACUGUGUAUCCCCCCAGUGGGCCUGGUCAACUACAGGCUGAAGAGAAAUUUGAUAAUACUAAGAUACCUGGAAAAUCUCUCCAGUUCUGUGAACCUCUUGGUCAGCAUGACAAUAUUCACAUCAUGAAGCAGCCAUUUGGACCCACUGGACAAGCAAAAGUCUUCACAAGAAAGAUGUUCUGUAAAUCUGAGAGGGUUCACAUGGCAGAAAACUGUAAUAAAUCAACUGUCACUUUUGGAAAAGCAACUCAAAUAGAAAAAGCUAUCUAUGAAAAUUCUAGCCUCAAUAUGCAUCAACAAGCUCACACAAGAAAGAAAUUUUAUAAGUACAUUAGGUAUGUUGAACCUGUCAUUCACCAGUCACAUCUUGCAAUAAAUCAGAGACUAAAUACUAGGGAAAAACUUUACACAUGGAACUCUUGUGGAAAAUCAGUCAGUAUUAAUUCACCUUAUGAAUGUAAUGACUGUGGAAAAGCCUUUGGACAAAAGUCAGUCCUCAGGAAACAUCAGCAAAUUCACACAGGGGAGAAAGCUCAUGAAUGUAGUGACUGUGGAAAAGCCUUUACAGAAAAGUCAUACCUUAUAAACCAUCAGCAAAUUCACACAGGGGAGAAACCUCAUAAAUGCCUUCAUUGUGGAAGAGGCUUUCAGUGGAAGUCACACCUCAUAUUACACCAGAGAAUUCACACAGGGGAGAAACCCUAUGAAUGUAAUGACUGUGGAAAAGCCUUUCGACAAAAGUCAGGCCUCGUACUGCACCAGAGAAUUCACACAGGGGAGAAACACUAUGAAUGUAAUGAAUGUGGAAAAGGCUUUGGAUACAAGUCAGCCCUCAUGCUACACCAGAGAAUUCACACAGGGGAGAAACCUCAUAAAUGUAAUGACUGUGGAAAAGCAUUUGGACGAAAGUCAGGCCUCAUGCUACACCAGAGAAUUCACACAGGGGAGAAACCUCAUAAAUGUAAUGAUUGUGGAAAAACCUUUGGACGAAUGUCAGGCCUCAUUGUACACCAGCGAAUUCACACAGGGGAGAAACCUCAUAAAUGUAAUGACUGUGGAAAAGCAUUUGGAAGACAGUCAAACCUCAUCGCGCACCAGAGAAUUCACACAGGGGAGAAACCCUAUGAAUGUAAUGACUGUGGAAAAGCCUUUCGACACAAGUCAGGCUUCAUGCUACACCAGAGAAUUCACACAGGGGAGAAACCUCAUGAAUGUAAUGACUGUGGAAAAACCUUUGGACAAAAGUCAGGCCUCAUGCUACACCAGAGAAUUCACACAGGGGAGAAACCUCAUAAAUGUAAUGAUUGUGGAAAAACCUUUGGACGAAUGUCAGGCCUCAUUGUACACCAGCGAAUUCACACAGGGGAGAAACCUCAUAAAUGUAAUGACUGUGGAAAAGCAUUUGGAAGAAAGUCAAACCUCAUAUUACACCAGAGAAUUCACACAGGGGAGAAACACUAUGAAUGUAAUGACUGUGGAAAAGCCUUUCGACAAAAGUCAGGCCUCAUUGUACACCAGAGGAUUCACACAGGGGAGAAACCUCAUGAAUGUAAUGACUGUGGAAAAACCUUUGGACGAAAGUCAGGCCUCAUCGUACACCAGCAAAUUCACACAGGGGAGAAACCUCAUAAAUGUAAUGACUGUGGAAAAGCAUUUGGACGAAAGUCAAGCCUCAUCAUACACCAGCGAAUUCACACAGGGGAGAAUCUUCAUAAAUGUAAUGACUGUGGAAAAGCCUUUGGAGGAAAGUCACACCUCAUCAUACACCAGCGAAUUCACACAGGAGAGAAACCUCAUAAAUGUAAUGACUGUGGAAAAGCCUUUACACAAAAGUCACACCUCAUGGUGCACCAGAGAAUUUACACAGUGAAGAAACUCAUGAAUGUAAUGACUGUGGAAAAGCCUUUGGACGAAUGUCAGACCUCAUCAUACAUCAGCGAAUUCACACAGGGCAGAAACCUCAUGAAUGUAAUGACUGUGGAAAAACCUUUGGAUGAAAGUCAGACAUCAUGAUACACCAGCAAAUUCCCACAGGGCAGAAACCUCAUGAAUAUUACUAUGGAAAAACCUUUACACAAAAGUCAUACCUCAUCGUGUACCAGAGAAUUCACACAGGGGAGAAUCCCCAUGGAUGUAAUGACCAAGGGAAAGCCUCUGGAUAAAAGUCAAUCCUUUGGAAACAUCAGAGAAUUCACACAGGGAGGAAACUUCAUGGAUGUAAUGACUUUGGAAAAGCCUUUGGACAAAAGACAAAACUCAUAUCACAGUAGAAGACAGCCCAUGUGCUUGGGCCUCUGCACCCACAUGGGAGACCAGGAAGAAGCACCUGACUCCUGGCUUCAGAUCAGUGCAGCUCUGGCCAUUGUGGCCAUUUGAGGAGUGAACCAACAGAAGGAAUGCCUUUCUCUCUGUCUUUCUCACUGUGUAACUCUACCUGUCAAAUAAAAAUCUUAAAAAACAAGAAAUUAAACAUCAACUAACACCAGAGCAUUCAUAUAGCAAAGUGUCAAUUUAAUGAAUGUGAAAAAAUUCUUCUGCCAUUAAUCAAUUCACAUGAAGAGACUCAGAAAUGAGAAAACAUACAUGCAUAGAAAAGUCAUGUACCAUACGUCACCUCUCAAUGGUUACCUGACAACUCACAGAAAGAGAAAAUCCUAUGACUGGAUUAUAAUGGGAAAUACCUUUGUUAUUAGGCAAACUUCCACAAAACAUGUGAAGAUUACAGAGAGAAGUCCCUGAAAUAUAAUUUGUUUGGAAGAAUUCUUUGGUGGAAUCACACCUUAGUGAGUAUUGGGAAGUUUCCAUGAUGAAUUAUGACAGAGUGGUUAACCGUUCUUCACAAAUUUUUCUCUUAUACAACCUGAACUUUUGGUUUCUCAUUAUUGUGAGUGGGAUCAAGUAUCUGAACUGAACUGUGCUCUCUUGUGUAAAUUUUGUUAAUAAAUAUUUAAAAGUUGAGUAACAGUUAUUUCAACAGUUAUUUGGAAUACCAUCUUCAUCAAUUACAAAGUUAUUUGUUUUAUAGCUGCUUUGUUGGCCACCCAGGAUUCUUUCCCCACAUUAUUGCAGUGCAAACCAGUGAUGUGACCAUAGGCAUAUCAAGUGACACAUGUUCCAGCCAUAAUAGUGUACCCCAGCCCUGGAUCAUAAGUGUUCUGUGCAACACAAGGGAAUGAGUUUGUGGUGACCUAUAUACCCAUGAGAAAUUUCAACUUAUCUGUGUGCACAUCUGGAUUAGGCUCCACUACCUAAGGUCUAUUUGAAUAUGGAAGUAGAUGUUGUCACACACAUUACCCUCAUUCUUUAAAGGGACAACUUCAAACCCUAUAAGUUGCAACACUCAUCUGAAUUUUCCUAUAUUACUGAGUGCAUAAUGCCUUUUUCAUUCAUGAUGCCCCUUUUCUACACUUUUUCAUCCUAUUCCUAAUUGCCUUGAGAUAACAACAUGGAAUGAAGUCUAUCCAGGUGGUACCCAUUGCAACAGAGAAGCAGGAGCAUAAAUGUAUACUUUUUUAAAAAAGGAUUAAUUUAUUUGAAAGAGUUACACAGAAAGAGCAGAAGCAGAGAGAGAGAGAAUCUUUCAUCCAAUGGUUCACUCCACAAUUGGCCACAAUGGCCAGACUGUGCUGAUCCAAAGCCAGGAGCUUUCUCCAGAUCUCCCAUGUAGGUGCAGGGGCCCAAGCACUUGGGCCUUCUACUAUUUCUCAGGCCAUAGAAGAGAGCUAGAUUGGAAGUGGAGCAGCUGGGUCUUGAACCAGCACCCAUAUGGGAUGCCAGCACUUCAGGU